UUUACAUUAAAGGAGAGAAUAAAGUGUUACAUUUCGACACAAACUCCUCGUUUUUUUCUGAUUUGCUCUGCUGAGAAUUCAACAAACUGCAUUCCAACAACAAACAGGAAACACACGUCCUAUUUUAAAAAAAAAAAGAGAGAAAACAACUGACACCCGGCUCAGCCAAUCACGUCUUACUAGAACACCCGCCUAGCCAAUCGCGUAAGAGAAGAAAGGCGGGACGUCCUGUAAUGUGAUGCAAAUUGGACGGUCCAGCCUGUUAGUCCCACCUUUUUGUGUUUCCCGCACCGUCAAUCAAAAUAGAAAAAAAUCGACCCGAAUUCACCGAUCAACACUAGCCCGCCUUUGAUAAAAUAAUCAUGUUCGGAGUUUAGUUGAUCAGAUAAUCCUCCCGGUUACUACCACUCACGCUAUGACUGCUACGUAAACACGCAGCGCAUCGAAGCGUGCAACUAAUCGGUGAGUUUGUGCAGCCCGCAGCGAGGCGAAGCUGCGUCUUUUUUUUUUUUAUCUUUUUGCUCCGCUGCUAACUAGCUAACACGGUUAGCCGACCGAGCUAGCUGGCUAGCCGCGGAGUUGACAAAGUAAACAGUCGAUCUGGGCCCAAAUAGCCUCAGAUUCCCCGCUGCAAAGUUGAAUUUCGCAGCUGGCUCCUUUCGGAAUGCAGAGUGGGGAUGAUUUGCAGGGGUUUUCAGGCAGGCAGGAGUUGUAGAUUUACAGAGUUUUUGCUGAGUUUCGCCCCUUGUCUCUCCCCCUUGCUAGCGCCAGAGCAAGCCCUCUGAAACAAGGAGAAAUGGCGUCCGCGGACGUGGACAGCAGUCAAAGCGAGUUUCUGCAGCCCGGCGGCGCAGCGGAAACACAGAUCUCAUCAUAAGAAAAAAGAAAAAGCUGAGAUGAAAGUCAAGAAGUGUGUGAUCCAUCCUCGCUAAUCUGAUAUCUGAUCUGCUAACUCCCCAAAGACAACAGACAUGUCAGCCAUACAGCUGACGGGCUCAGACCGAUGGGAGGUGCUAACUCCUGUCUCCACCGGGAAGGAGGAUCAAGGAGUCGUUCACAUUCCAAACUCGGGGAUCGUCACGUCCAACGGGCAGUACGUGCUUCCUAUUGGGAAUCUUCAAAGCCAGCCCAUCUACGUUACAGCGUCUGGGAAUGACGGCUCGGCUAACGGCGUGUCAGGCAUUCAGUAUCAGGUUAUCCCCCAAAUCCAAAACGCAGAUGGGACACUCACAGGAUUCUCGACACAGGGUUUGGAUGACGGCACAGGGCAGAUCCAGCUCCUACAAGACAACGGCCAUGGCAGCAUUGGCAUCAGCUGCGCCACGACAACGACCACAGACCUCAUGACGCAGGUGGGGCAAGUGCAGUCGAUUCAAGGAGUCAUGGGUGGGGGUUCGGCGUACACCAGCACGGUACCCGUAGGGCUGCCCGGCAACAUAACAUUCGUCCCCAUUAACAGUGUGGAUCUAGAGUCGCUCGGGUUGACGGGAGCGCAGACAGUCCCCAUUGCAACGGGGGUGACAGCGGAAGGUCAGCUGAUCAUGAGCAGUCAGACACUGGAGAGUCAGAACCAGGACGCCAGCAAACAGCAGCUGGUGACAGUGAGCGACGCCAGCAACAACCAAGAGCUUUACGUGCCAACCACCUCUUCUUCCUCCAACAACUCCCAGCUUCCCGAGACCAUAGACGGCACGGGGGUUCUGACCCAAGCCACAGCAGUGUCUGCAGGCGUGUCCGACCCUUCCUCCUCGGAGAACUACAACUCCCACAACCACCUGCAGCAAAUCCAGGUGUCGUCCUCUAACGCUACCACUAUCUCGCAGCCCAUCCUGCAUCUGUCUGGGGACAGUCAGGCCCAGGUAGCCCAGGUGGCUCAGGGCCAGGACAUGAACGCAGCAGGUCAGACUCUACAGAGCGUACAGCUGGUCAACCCGGGUACCUUCCUCAUCCAGGCCCAAACCGUCACCGCUACGGGGCAGAUCCAGUGGCAGACUUUCCAGGUUCAGGGUGUCCAGUCACUCCAGGGCCUCCAGUUGCCCCAAGGGCAAGGCCAGGCCCAGCAGCUGACCUUAGCACCGGUUCAGACCCUCCCUCUGGGUCAGACGGGUCAGGUCAGCCUACCCAACCUCCAGACGGUAACGGUGAACUCUGUGUCACAAUCCGGAGUUCAGUACACGCACGGGGACGACGCGAGCAGUCCAGCUGGUAUCCAGAUAAAGGAGGAGCCGGACACUGAGGAGUGGCAGUUGAGUGGAGACUCAACGCUGAACACCAGCGACCUGAACAACCUGCGGGUUCAGAUGGGAGACGAUGACAUGGAGACGCCGAGCGGUGAAGGCAAGAGGCUCCGCAGAGUAGCCUGCACCUGCCCCAAUUGCAAAGAGUCUGGAGGAAGAGGGUCGGGCAUGGGGAAGAAGAAGCAGCAUAUCUGCCACAUCGCCGGCUGCGGGAAGGUCUACGGGAAGACGUCCCACCUCCGAGCUCACCUGCGCUGGCACAGCGGAGAGAGACCUUUCGUCUGCAACUGGAUGUUCUGCGGCAAGAGGUUCACCAGGAGUGACGAGCUGCAGAGACACCGGAGAACACACACAGGAGAGAAGAAGUUCGUGUGCACAGAGUGCUCCAAGAGGUUCAUGCGGAGCGACCACCUGGCCAAGCACAUAAAGACUCACCAGAAUAAAAAAGGCGGCGUUCCCUCCUCCACGUCUCCGCCCACCACCGACACCGUCAUCACCGCAGACGGUACCACACUCAUUCUCCAGAGUGCCACCACCCACGACCUCGUAGCCAAUCAGGAGAUACCGUUGCAGCUGGUCACCGUGGCGCCCAGUGAGGUCAUGGAAUGAGCGCGGGCACGGGGUGGAGGGGGGGAGACAGGGUGAGGUGGCGUUCUGAGAACUGGCCUAUCACAGGGACCUCUUGGGCUUUUUCUCUUCCCCUCUUCCCUUCUUUUUUUGUUUUGUUUUUUACAUAUGAAUAUAUACGUAAAUAUAUAUGACAAAUAUAUAUAUUUUAAGUAAGAAUUAUCAUGACUUUAUGUUUGUUUUUUGCAGUCUUUUUAUAGGCGGGCAAAAAGAAUAACAUUUUAAAAAAAAGGUGGUUGCUAUGUACACACGCGUUAACACAUUCUCACACACAUGCACACACACACACACACAUACACACACACACACACACACACACACACACACACACACACACACACACAGACAGAAAAAAACAUGCAUUAACACUCAAAACACGACAUGAAUACUCAACACAAUGAAAUGCCUUAUUUUGUAUCAUACUCUUGUAUAAAAUGCUGGAGGUGCAUGUGUUUUUUAAAGGUUCUAUAUGUAAGAAUUAUGACGCAAUUUACAUUUAUUCAUCGUUUUUAAUGCCAAUGAGCGGACUGGUUGUAACUUGACUGAUUUGGGAGCGAGAGACGCUUUGCAGAAAACACAACGUCACCGAUUCUUCUUCUGUCAUCACAAGAAGCGUAAACGAGGAAAAACGGCAUCGCCUGCGAUAGUCUCGGCUUUGCUCUGAGCAGCGUCGUCACUAAAAGAGAAGGAAUUCCCCGAUUCCUACAUAUAGAACCUUUAAGCUUUGCAGAUGAUGUAACUGUAAUGGAGAUAAAUGUGUUUGUGAAACUGAGAAGAUGAUGAUGAUGAUGAGAAGGAGGAGAAGGAAGAGUUGUGUUUGAAAGUGAAAAAGGAAGUAGUGAACCUCUCUGGGAUGUUUGACGUUAAAUCAUUUGUCUUUGGAGAGUUCUGACAAAAAACUGAGCGCUCUGUUUGAAGCGGCGCCGCAUCCACGCCGACCUGUUGCUACGCUGUCACUGUAAACACUUUAAAAAGGGCCAGUUUAACAUUUUAACAUUUUCCGUGUCUGUAGAGUAAAUGUGAAGCUACCAUAGCGUAGCACAGAGACCAGAAACGGCUGGCUCAGCAAAAUCCACCUUCAUGUAUCGUCUUUAAAGCUCACUAAUUAACACAUAUCUAAUUUAUUCAAUCUGUGCAAAACCUGAAGUGUAAAAAUGACAAUUUUAAAGGUUAUGUACCAGACUAUUUCCUGGCUGGGACAAGUAACUAAAUUAAAUUGUUGUUUCAAAAAAGGAAGUUCUCAUAGAUAACUUCUCUAAACACCUGGUACAGCUUCGUAUUUCACUCAUGGACACAGUCAAUAACAGAAUUUCCUAAAAUGUCAAACUUUUUCUUUAAUAAACGAGCAGCAGCUGUCAACCAAUGUCCGACAGCCAACGGGGAGGUGUCUAUGAUGUCAUGCCGUGUUGCUUCAAACAGCCGGUGGUCAGAGUAGGACGACAGUGCCACUGUAAACUGAUCUGAAGUUUGUGUUUUCCACCUUGAGGGGGGGAAAAAAUAGAUGCAAGCAGCCCUGUAAAGGGGCAACUUCUUCCAGCAUCUGGUGAGUCUGAACAGAUGUUUCAUCUGUCCUCACGAGCACGCCGUCCGCUGUGCUUGUCCACGUCUAAACACGUCUUUUUUUCCUUUUUUUUUUGUUCCUUUUGCAUAUUUUUGUUGUAAAUUCACAUUUUGUUUUAAUGUCUCUUUGCUGAUCUGGGUGUUCGGGUGGGCGCCUCCUGAAUUCCUGCAGGGCUCUUUUUCAUUGGCGGCAGGAUCACUCAACACGCACCAGUGUUGACAUGUGAAGAAAACCAAGAAACGGAUGCAACCAAUCAGUGAGCCCACGACGGGCGCUUCUGUCAUCAAACAUUCCAGUUGGACACCAGAUGAUGUGGGAUAAGUUUUGCAAUAAAGGUCUCUGCUGCGGAAAUUUUGGCCAGAUGUCAAAAAGAAAACAAUCACGCCAUUGUUUUGUUCGUUGUUUUUUUUAAUGUUAAUUAAUAUAAUCCCUUCCUCCGUUUGUCCUCAUGUCUGUAGCGUUCAUUUAAAUGUAUAUUAUCUUAUUUUCACAUUGUUUAUAGAAGCCAUUACUUAGUUAACUGAAUUCGUUUCCAUGUAUCAAAACCUUAUUUUAAGUGAUUUUUUUUAAAGAAUUGGUGUAAAAAUUGAAUGUUACCUUUUGUAAAACCUUUUUUCAAAUGGAUCACAAUAAAAGUCUGAAACAGUCAGUGAUGAGC